AUGACUAUCUGGACGAUGAAGAACCAACAACAUCACAGAAACCCAUGAUCGAACCAACGGUAAAAAUCAAAUGUUUAUCGGGUUCUAUGUUGAUUACCAUCAAAGAUGCACCCGUUAAUCAUGAGACUGGUCUAUUCAGUGGUAUGGUUUAUCCAAAGGGUUUAUCGAAAAAUUCCACAUGCUUAACGGAAUAUAGAGACCACGAGGGAACAUUACGUUACAAAUUGCCAUUGCGCAGUUGUAACACCAUGCCUCAAGAGACGGACGAUGGCGGUAUUGAAUUUUUCAAUACAAUUGUUUUGCAACCGCAUUUGAAAUUGAUAACCGAUGCUGGUCGUGGUUAUCAUGUACGCUGUUCAUAUAAAUCACGCGAUGCCGCAAUGAGCAGUAAAAAACCCCAUCAUCACAAGGUGGUCGGUAGUAAAUAUGCCCAAAAGCCCCAGGCGUUGAAAAGUGCCGAAGCCGAUGGCAAUAGUGAUCGUCGUGGUUAUGGUAGAUCUUUGGAUAAAUAUCGGGCAAAUGGUGAUAAUUUCGAUGAAGAUGAUGUAUACAUGCAAGAUGAUGCUGCCGCCGGCGAUGAUAACGACAUGGAAAAUGAAAUACCCAUGCCUGGUUGUCAUAUGAAAAUCUAUAAUGCCGAACAUCAUAUCGCUAAUGAUGUGAAAAUUGGAGAUCCCCUGACAUUGGUCGUCAACAUUGAUAAACAGGAUACAUACGGAUUGCAUGUGACCGAUUGUAUUGUACGCGAUGGUUUGGGUUGGGGUGAGCAACGUUUGGUGGGAGAGGAUGGUUGCCCCAUGGACAAUGAAAUUAUGGGCCAGUUUAAUUAUACCUCGGAUCGUUUGGCAGCCAAUGUCACCUUCCCGGCUCAUAAAUUCCCAUACACCACCUCCGUGUACUAUCAAUGUAAUGUUAAAUUGUGUCCCUUGGUUGAUCCCGAAUGUCAAAUGGCUCCUCUUUGUGGAGGCAAACGACCCAAACGACAAGCCACUAACGAUAACAAAGACGAAGAAGGUUCCCCAGCUACCAUUGAAGUCUUUUCUGGCCUCUAUGUUAAUGAAAAUGUGGAUAUAACAGAGGGUGAUGAUGAUUCUGUAUCAAAAGAAAGAACACUGGAAGAUGCUUUGUGUGUCUCCCAACGUACCUUUGCCAUUGCCAUAGCUAUAGCUGGCCUAAUUCUGAUGUUGGCCGUUGUAGCCGCCGUUCUGUGUAUAAUGGCCCGACGCAGCACCAAGACUGUAUCGAAUUCGGGCAGUAGCAUUUACAGUGGUCCCUAUACAAACACAGCCUUCUCGCAUAGCAGUUAAGCAGCCACAUUUCGUCUCCUUCCAAAUUUAGUAAUAGAACAAGAAAACAAAAAAAAA